UAGCAAUCAGAAGAAGUGAAGAAUAAAGGCAAUAAUAGUAAGCAACAACCCUUAACAUUUCAUGGUAAGGCCUUUCCAAUUCAUCGUCUCUCGCCACCACCGUCUCUCCUCCGCCGCCGCUCCCCUCCGCCACGUCGCUUCCCGACCCCCACUUUCAUUCACGCAACAACAACAGCAACAAGAACAACAGGUUAACCUCUAUCGACAAAAAGAAAAGCCAAAGCCACCGCAGUUAUCCUCCAUCACCGUCAGCCCAGCCGUCUCCUUUGCUGAAACCAUGGCCCAGAAGAUCGGGAAAGCCAUUCGGCGCCCCGGUGCCCCGUCGAAGGCGCGGGUCUACCCCGACGUUAAUGUCAUCCGCCCUAAGGAGUACUGGGACUACGAGUCUCUCACUGUUCAAUGGGGGGAGCAGGAUGAUUAUGAGGUGGUGAGGAAGGUGGGUAGGGGCAAGUACAGCGAGGUUUUUGAGGGGGUUCACACCACCGACAACGAGAAGUGCAUCAUCAAAAUUCUUAAACCUGUCAAGAAGAAGAAGAUCAAGAGGGAGAUUAAGAUUUUACAGAAUCUCUGUGGCGGGCCAAAUAUUGUGAAGUUGCUUGACAUCGUAAGGGAUCAACAAUCGAAGACUCCAAGUCUUAUAUUUGAAUAUGUGAACAAUACAGACUUUAAAGUGCUGUAUCCCACACUUUCGGAUUUUGACAUUAGAUAUUACAUCUAUGAACUCUUAAAGGCUUUAGAUUAUUGCCAUUCUCAAGGUAUCAUGCAUCGGGAUGUGAAGCCCCACAAUGUCAUGAUAGAUCACGAGCAGCGUAAACUUCGUCUAAUAGAUUGGGGACUUGCAGAGUUCUACAUACUUUAAGGGCCCUGAACUUCUUGUUGAUUUGCAAGACUAUGAUUACUCCUUGGACUUGUGGAGUCUGGGCUGUAUGUUUGCUGGAAUGAUAUUCCGCAAGGAGCCAUUCUUUUAUGGGCAUGAUAAUUAUGAUCAACUAGUCAAGAUUGCAAAGGUAUUGGGGACGGAUGAGUUGAACGCAUAUUUGAACAAGUACCGAUUGGAAUUGGACCAUAAUCUUGCUGCCCUUGUUGGAAGGCAUAGCAGGAAACCAUGGACCAAGUUCAUCAAUGCUGAUAAUCAACAUUUGGCUGUUCCUGAGGCGAUUGAUUUUGUUGACAAAUUGUUGCGAUAUGAUCACCAAGAAAGGCCAACCGCAAAGGAGGCAAUGGCCCAUCCAUAUUUCUUUCCCAUUAGGAAUGCAGAAAGCCGCCGUGCUCGUGGCCAAUAAUAAGGGGAGUCAGAUGCCUUCAAGUCUUGGUGUCUAAUUUUUCUUUCUUCUGUAGUAUGCCUGUACUGAUCGCUAUACAGUUGAUUGAUUUCAUAUUGUUUCUUGUUCUUACCAUCUGAUUCUAUGUCACAAUUUUCCUAGACUUAAUUCAUUUGUACUUUUGUGUGGGUCCAAAAUGUUUGAUUUCUUGAAAUCAAGAUUUGUCACUGCUAAUAAUCGGCAGCAGAAAAAAGGCUUCUUUUUU